AUGUCGCACACACACGGUCAAGCAUUCCACCGCGCUGGCUUCUCGCCGCCCGGCAACGCUGGUUCCUUCUCGGCCAUGAUGGCAGCCCAGUCCGGCGCCCAGAUCCUGGCCAACGGCAGCGCAAUCCACCCUUCCACUUCGCCGCCCGCCUCGUUCUCGCCACCCACCUCGCGCGCUCGCACCGCGUCCACUUCGGUGCCCAUGUCGGCGCCUCGUCUCCUGACGCCCUUCGACACGGGCGACAUCCGCAUCCUCCUGCUCGAGAACGUCUCGCAGGGCGCCGUCAAGAUGCUCAAGGAGCAGGGCUACCAGGUCGACUUCCACACCAAGGCCUGGAGCGAGGAAGAGCUGAUCCAGAACAUCGGACAGUACCACGCCAUCGGUAUCCGCAGCAAGACCAAGCUCACCUCCAAGGUCUUCCGCGCCGCGCACAAGCUGCUCGUCGUGGGCUGCUUCUGCAUCGGCACCAACCAGGUCGACCUCGAGGCGGCGGCUAAGGCUGGUGUCGGAGUGUUCAACUCGCCUUUUGCCAACUCGCGCUCGGUCGCCGAGCUCGUCAUCGGUGAGAUGAUCAGUCUGUCGCGUCAGCUGGGCGACCGUGUCAACGAGAUGCGCUCCGGCACGUGGAACAAGGUCUCCAAGGGUUGCUACGAGGUGCGAGGCAAGAUCCUGGGCAUUGUCGGAUACGGUCACAUCGGAUCGCAGCUCUCCGUUCUCGCCGAGGCGAUGGGUAUGCACGUCAUCUACUACGACGUCGUACCACUCAUGCCGCUGGGUUCCGCCAGGCAGGUGUCGACGCUCAACGAGCUGCUGGGCACCGCCGAUUUCGUCUCGCUGCACGUCCCCGAGCUGCCCGAGACCAAGAACAUGAUCCGCGAGGAACAGAUCAAGGCGAUGAAGAAGGGCUCGUAUCUGCUCAACAACGCGCGUGGCACUGUCGUCGACAUCCCUGCGCUCGUCGAGGGUCUCAAGUCUGGUCACAUCGCCGGUGCUGCCGUUGACGUUUUCCCCAAGGAGCCCGCCGCUUCUGGACCUGGCACCUUCUCGGACGACCUCAACAGCUGGGCGUCAGAGCUGUGCAAGCAGCCCAACGUGAUGCUCACACCCCACAUCGGCGGCAGCACCGAAGAGGCGCAGCGCAUGAUCGGCAUCGAAGUCAGCGACGCGCUCAUCCGCUACAUCAACUUUGGCGGCUCGGUUGGCGCCGUCAACUUCCCCGAGGUCGACCUGCGUGCGAUCACGGAGGCCGACUCGCGUGUCAUCCGUAUCUGCUACGUCCACCAGAACCAGCCCGGCUCGCUGCGCGCGGUCAAUGAGAUUCUCGGCUCUUUCAACGUCGACAAGCAGCACUCGGACUCGCACAAGGACGUCGCGUAUCUGCUGGCGGAUAUCUCGGGGGUGAGCGAGAACGAUAUCCGCGAGAUCUACGAUCGGAUCUCCAAGACCAACGCCAACAUCCUUACGAGAUUGCUGUCGUAG